CCCGCCCAGGCAGACGGCUUUCUCUCGGGCGGAGCAGAGGUGAGCUGUGCUCGGCUACCGCGCUUGCUGCUCCUUCCCGAGCGCGCACACGAGCCUGGUCUUUUUAUUCUUGCGAAGAGCGCCGUCCCGCUUUCUCCGGCAUGUCUGUUGAGCUGGAAGAAGCCGACCUGCCCCUGGCCGAGGCGGAAGAGGCGCCUCUGGCUCCGGAGAAGAAAGGCGCCGCCAAGAAAGCCAAAGGCGGCGGCGGCGGGUCGGUGUUGUCGCCUUCCAAGAAGAAGAAAAAUAGCAAGAAGAAGAACCAGCCGGGCAAGUACAGCCAGCUGGUGGUGGAGGCGAUCCGCAAGCUGGGCGAGCGCAACGGCUCUUCGCUGGCCAAGAUCUACAACGAAGCCAAGAAAGUGGCCUGGUUCGACCAGCAGAACGGGCGCACCUACCUCAAGUACUCCAUCAAGGCGCUGGUGCAGAACGACACCUUGCUGCAGGUGAAGGGCACGGGCGCCAACGGCUCCUUCAAGCUCAACAGGAAGAAGCUGGAGGGCGGAGAAGGGGGCGCCGGAGCAGGAGGCGGGGGCGCCUCGCACGCCAAGUCGCACAAGAAGGCGGUGGCCGUGCCCGCGUCGCGCAAGGUCGAGAAGAAGCCCGUGGCCAAGAGCAAAAAGCUGGAGAAGAAGUCGCACAAGAAAGGCGCCGGCGGGGCCGCCGCCAAGAAGGACAAGGUGAAAGCCAAGAAGGCGGCCAAGAAGACGGCCGCCUCGCCCAGCGCCAAGAAGGUGAAGAAGUCGGCCAAGCCCAAGGCGCUCAAGAGCAGGAAAUGAACGAGGCGCAGAUGGAGAGGGCAGGGGGCCCUGGACUUGUGGAGCCUCGAGACAUUGUGACUUAUUGCUCUCAGCACAGCCAUGUUACCCGGUUUCGUUUCUGUAGCUUUCUUUUUGGGGGGGUGAGGGGUGGGCGUGGGUUGGAGGCGCUCCUUUUCUUCAUUAGCCGCCGGUUCCUUGGAGGGGAGAGGAAUACGUUACUCGCCCCAGCCCUUUAUUUUUUUAAUAAAGGGGGGAUGACUUGAGGGCUUGUGCGGGGUUCUUUUGUUUUUUAAUUUGGAAUAGUUUAUUUUUUCCUGCCCCCCUCCCCCGAAAAAUAUGGAGGAUAGGCGGCGCCGCUUCCCUGGUUCUCCAUGCUCACGGGGGCGUUUUGGCUGCCUUCCGAAAGUUUCCCCGGCCGUCGUGGCCGCCCCUCGGAUGCUGCUGCGGCGCCAUGGCAACGGCGUCUGGGCUUUUCCCUUUAAAAAGGCGCUUCUCGGGAUUCAAGGAGGGAGGGGAGAAAUGGGGAGCGGUUGGGACCAAGUGGGGUUGUGUCGGGGUGCUUUUUUAUUUCGUUUUUGCCUUUAAGAGGCCUGCACAGCCAUUACCGAGCGGGAUGCGUAGAUGCUCAGUUCUAUGGAAGGUGGAGAUCGGAGGGGAUCUCCCUCCUCUCCUGGAAGAUCAUCAUACUGCCUUCAAAGGUGUCUUGCCUUCGGUAGCCUUUCCCCUCCGCACUUGUGUUUUUUGGUUUUUUUUGUUCAAUAAAUCGUUUAAAAUGCUUUUUUUUCA